UGACUCAAGCCACAACUGCACCAACUAAAACUGCAGUUCCAACCACAACUGAAACCCCCGCCCCAACAGCUGCUGAAACAACAACUAUGACUCAAGCCACAACUAGAGCAACUAAAACUGUGGUUCCAACCAAAAUAGUAACAAAAAGCACAACUGUUGCUGAAACAACAACUAUGACUCCAGCCACAACUGCACCAAGUAAAACUGCAGUUCCAAACACAACUGAAACCCCCGCCCCAACAGCUGCUGAUACAACAACUAUGACUCCAGCCACUACUGGAGGAACUAAAACUGUGGUUCCAACCAAAAUAGCUACAAAAACCACAACUGUUGCUGAAACAACAACUAUGACUCCAGCCACAACUGUUCCUCCAAAUGCAGUUACAACUACAUCAAUUCCCCAAACUACAAGAGAAGCUGUGAGCACCACAAAUAUUCCAACAACAGCAACUAAUGCAACACCAAAAGCAACUGAAACUCCAACAUCAGCAGGUGUUCAAACAUCUUCAAGAUCACCAACCACGUCAAGUGCUCAAACUACAACUGAGCCUCCAACCACUGCAAAUCAUCCGUCAAUAACAACAGAAGCUCCAACAACUACAAUUGAAACUGUGAGCCCAACAGUUCCUCAAACAACAAUUGUACAAAUGACAGCAGUUGCUCAAAAUACAACUGCAACACCAACCAAGGUUUUUACAACUCCCACUGGAGCUUCAACUACACCUGCCACUGCACCAGUACCUCCGAUCAUAGUUGCACCAACAUUCUCUGGAACAAUGACCACCACUGCAGCUCAAACCACCACAAGUCCACGUAGAGUAAUGGGCAUAGUUUUUAUCUUCUUCCGACUUGUAUUCUACACCAUCAAGCCUGUCCCCACUGAGAGAGAAAUUUUCACAAUUGUCCACACUCUCUUGGAUGUUCGUAUAAUACACACAAAUCAUCCAGUGAGAGUACGGCGCUAUGAAACGAAGAUGAAUGAUCCUGUUCCAAUGCAGAAUAUGACUUAUCAGAAACUAUCCAAUGAUUCCUUUGCUUUGACACUGGGCUAUGAGAUAAACAACGUGAGCAUGGAAGAAAACUCUAGUCUCAGGAAUGAGACGUACGAACGCAUCACGGACCGUGUCAAAGACCUGUUUAACCGAAUACUGAACCAACCUGGUGCAAAUCCUGUCAUCGCUCCACAAGCUGAUUUUAGGGACGAGCGUAACGAGAUUCAUGCCAUGGUGAAGUAUGUCUAUCGCGCAGAUGAUAUGAAACAACCAAGCGAAUUCUUGACAGCAGUACUGGAAGCUAGUGGCCUGGCCCCUACCACAACCACCACUGCAGUCCCCACCACCACAAGCAGUGCUGUCCUCAUACUGAUCACAGAAGCUAAAGCCAGGUUCCCGGGAUGGGCCCUGGCCAUCAUAAUCCCCUGUGGUAUUGCCAUCAUCAUCCUCCCCUUCUGGAUUCUCCUGUUUUGUCAGCUGUGUGGUUGCUGUGUGGCCAUCAAGAGACGUUGGCGCAGGAUGCGGGCCUACCACAUACAAGAGUACAGGCCACAUCCCAUCUGAGGGUGGAGUUUUGAUGUCCAGUUGGAGUCCGGAAAUCCAGUUUCAUUAUGAUUAAUGUUCUAUUAUAAGUGUUAUAACGCAAAUGAUAAAUAGCAACUGCAUGGCUUAAUGGUGUAAGCUUUAUGAAUCCUUGUUCAUUAUUUUCGCUUUAACAUGAGAAUAACUACUCAAACAUUAGACACAGGUAUUUGAACACAAAAGGGUAUACAUGUUACUGUAAAUAAUUUUUCCUGUUGUUUAUUAUCCUGAAUAUGUGUGUUCUAUAUUGAUAUUUGAUAAUCCCAAAAUGAAGUAAUAUUACUUAAUUAAAUUAAAAUCUGCAUAAAAAGUUGCAAAAGAAAAUAGCUACAUUUGACAAUUAUUAACUUAGGUUGUAUUCUCAUGUUUCUUUUCAUAUGCAUUAUUUUAUAUGCAAACUGUAUAUUCCAUAGACUGUUUGCAGCUUCUGAAGGUUGUGGGAAACGAAUGCAUAGCACAAUAAAUUCAUAUCAUUA